CAAUCUCCAAUCAGAAAUACACCCUUCCACCGCUACUCUCUGAAUCCUAUGACUAAGUCAAUAUGACUUAGCUUGAACCUGAUGUUUGAUUGAUGGAUAUGUUUUGAACAGGACUCGCCUAUUUGACUGGCGCCUGGUGGAAUCUUCUGAAGCCCUUCGGGGGUCUCCAACAGCGCAGUACUCCUUGAGCACUGGCCCGGGGUGCCAGGCUGCACUCCUGGAACAGCGAGUGGCCGGGACUGCGUGCAUUUUGAGCAGGCAGUUGGCAGUGAGUUUCAUUGAGAGCGUGGCCCGGGGCAGGGGGAGGAGCUGUGCCCUGCUCUUGUCCCGGCAGGUGAGUGUGUGAGGGAGGGUAGGAAUGCUGUAGUUAGUCAGAGGGUGACGCUGUGCCCUCAUCACCAGGUACAUACCUGCACCAACAGAGAGAGAGAGAGAGAGAGAGAAAAAACAAGCUUCCUACUCCAGCACCCACUCUAUUCGGGCUGCAGUCUGCCAGGAGAUUCAGAAACUUCUCCCAAGUGCAAGGGAAUUAACUGGAUCCCUUUCAGUUUCUAACAAGGUUACAGCAACCGGGCCGAUCAUCCACUGGAGUGUUUACUGAGGACAGAAUCAUGGAUUCUGGAAAUAAGGGAAACAAGUGGCGAUGUUUUGGACCACGCAUUAAGGAGAUGCAGUGGUGGACGUUAUGGAGCUCGUUGGCGAUCGUGGCCCUGAUGGGAGCUGUGUGUCACGGGGAGAGAAGCAAUCGCUGCUUUCUCAAACGAAGUCAAACCUGCUCUGAUUGCAUGAGAGCGGAUAAAGACUGCGCCUAUUGUGCUGACGAGGGCAUUAAUUACCCCAGGUGUGAUCUGUACAUCAAUCUGAAAUCAAAAUGCAACAAAAUUAUGAUGCUUCAGAGCUCAAUGAAAAUCCUGAAGAAUACAAUGAUCAACACGAGCAGCAAACACAGCCAAAUCUCACCACAAAGAGCAUCAAUGACUCUGCGAGCGGGAGAAGAGAAGAGGGUGAAAUUCAAGGUCUUUCAGCCGCUGGAAACUCCAGUCGAUCUUUAUUUCCUCAUGGACUUCUCCAACUCAAUGAAGGACGAUUUGGACAACUUGAAGAAACUGGGCCUCAAGCUGGCUGAUCUGGUGCGGAACAUGUCGAGUGACUACACCAUCGGUUUCGGGAAGUUUGUUGACAAAGUAACUGUCCCACAGACAGAUAUGAGACCUUCAAGACUCCGACAACCCUGGCCCAACAGCGAUGCUCCAUUCUCCUUCAAGAAUGUUAUUCCUUUGACAUCAGAUGCUAAUCAUUUCACCGAGGAGCUAGAGAAGGAGAGAAUCUCAGGAAAUGUAGAUGCUCCUGAAGGUGGAUUUGAUGCCAUUCUGCAGGUUGCUGUUUGCCAGAAACAUAUUGGCUGGAGGGAUCAGAGUACUCACAUAUUAGUCUUCUCUACUGAAUCUGCCUUUCAUUAUGAGGCUGAUGGCUCCAAUGUUCUCUCGGGGAUUCUGAAACGGAAUGAUGAAGGCUGCCACUUGGACUCGAGAGGUACCUAUACUUGGCACACGUUGCAAGAUUACCCAUCGAUUCCAACUCUGAUUCGUCAUCUUACAGAACGAAGCAUUAUCCCAGUCUUUGCAGUUACCAACCACUCUUAUUCUUAUUACCAGAAAUUGAGUAAAUAUUUUCCUGUGUCUGAUAUUGGGCAGCUCCAGGAAGACUCUUCCAAUAUAAUCGAAUUGUUACGGAAUGCAUUUGAGAAUAUCCGCUCCAAGAUGGAAAUCCGAGCUGAGAAUGUCCCCAUAACAAUGUUGGCUAAAGUCUCGUCAUUAUCUUCUGCCGUGUCUCAGAGUGACUCUUCUGUCUUCACUGUGGCGCCAGGAGAAGUGAAAGAGUUUGAGCUGAAAGUGAAAGCUCUGGAUUCCAUUAAAAACCAGCAUGUGUGUACCUAUGAAAAGGACCAGAAAGCAAACCUAAUUGUCAAGCCCAGCACUUUCACAGACGCUUUCUCACUGGAUGCCUCCCUGUUGUGUGAAAAAUGUUCAUGUGAACUGAAUCCAGAGAAGAACUCUCCAAAAUGUAAAGGACAUGGUGACUUUAUUUGUGGGCAGUGCGUGUGCAAAGAUACUUGGCACGGGGAGACCUGUGAGUGUGACACAAGUAAUCAGGAUGGUACUGAGAUCGAAGCCUGCAAGAAUCCACUCGACAAUUCCCAGAUUUGCUCCGGUCGUGGGGAUUGUUACUGUGGAGUUUGUUACUGCAAUCCAUCAGAUCACCACCUGGAAAGAUUUGAAGGAAAAUAUUGUCAAUACAGCACCCUGCUCUGCCCACGUUUUGCCGGCUUUAUGUGUAAUAAUCGUGGUGAAUGUAUUGAAGAAAAGUGCAUUUGUAGUGAAGGAUGGACAGGCGAUUCCUGUGAGUGCCCUGUCAGCAAUGCCACAUGCAUUGAUGCCAAUGGGGGACUCUGCAGUGGUAAAGGUGUCUGUGAUUGUGGAAGAUGUCGGUGUGAGGAUAACAAUGCUGAUCCAACCUGUAGCUCUUUACAGUACUUGCUGGGACUAUGUGAAGACAUUCGCACCUGUGUCCAAUGCUGGGCCUGGAAUACUGGGGACAAGAAAGGAAACAACUGCAAGAAGUGCACAAGCAUCUUUACUUUUGUGGACAAACUGAAACCAGAAAAGGAAGUGACAGAACACUGUGAGUUCCGUGAUGAGGAAGAUGACUGUACAUUUUAUUACACAGUGACAAUGCCCCCAGGUGGCAACCAAACUUAUGUAGAGGUGCUGAAAAAGAAAGAUUGUCCUCCAGGAGGUUUCCUCUGGCUCAUUCCACUCAUCAUAUUCCUGAUGCUGUUGUUGGGUCUCCUGUUGUUGCUCUGCUGGAAGUACUGUGCCUGUUUUCGGGCUUGCUGUGCAAGACUCCCAUGUUGUGCGAUGCUGCCAUGCUGUGCUGCAGGUACCAAGGUUGGAUUUAAGGAAAACCGCCACAUGUUAAAUCAAAGCAAGCUCACCUACCUUGACACACCAAUGAUACGGACAAACAAGCCUGUCGGAACAGACAUCGUGAGGUGGAAGGCGAUGGACAACGUUCACAGAGAACCUUCUAAACGGUAUCAGGGAACCAAUCCUGAUGACACUGUUCUGUACAACCUGUCACUGCGAGCAGCCCGAAUAUACAAUGAUGUGCUGAAGAAUCCAGACUCAACAGAGUUUAAGCAGCUACGCAUGGAGGUGGAGGAGAAUCUCAAUGAUGUGUUCAAAACUGUGCCAGGUUUCCAGGGAGUCCGGAAGACAAAGUUUAGGCUUCAACCAAAUGCAGGAAGAAGGCAGGACCUGACCAUCAUUGACACACAAUUACCCGCCUUUCGAUCAGCAGAGAAACAGAUUGUCAAUACAACUGAAGACAUGGUGUCCAUGGGUGCCUUCAACAAUCUGAAGGUUUUGCCCGGCUACUAUACAGUGGCAUCUGAUCGAGAUGCUCAUGGGCAAGUGGAAUUCCAAGAUGGUGUUGAAUCCAUUGAUGUGCGGGUCCCACUGUUUGUGAAAGAUGAAGAUGAUGAUGAGAAGCAAUUGCAAGUGGAGGCUGUUGAUGUUCCAAAGGGAAAUGCAGAGAUUGACCAGCCAUUUGUGUACAUCACCAUGAUCAAACAGGCCUUAGCCAAAAGUAUUAUCACCUUUCUGCAGCCAUCAUACAGAUACCAAAGGCAAGACAAGGUGGCCAAAAUCCCCCUUAUCCGGGAGAUACGGGAGGAUGGACGCACACAGGUCUCUUACAGGACAAAAGAUCGCACUGCCAAGGAUGGCAAGGAUUACAAAGCAACAGAGAACCAGAUUGUAUUCCAGCCCGGUGAGACUCGCAAAGAGAUUCCUGUUGUUCUCCUGGAGCAGACCGAGAUUGAUACCCUGCUGGGAAAUGAGCAGGAGAAAAAAUUCUGCAUGGAACUGUAUAAUCCCCAAAAUGGAGCAAAGCUUGGGAAGUAUCCCGAAACCAACGUCAUAAUCACUGAUGAUAAUGAGAGGCUCAUCCCAAUUGAUACCCCACCUCUCAAUCUGAAAGCUCAUCCAAUUGACAGCAGGAGGAUCCAGGUGAAUUGGAACCCACCUCUGGGUGAGCCAUCAGGAUACAGGGUGGAGUACUGGCCUGAGGAUGACAGACUCGCCUCUCAGGUCAUAGAGACAAAGAAUACUUUUGCUGAGCUCAUCAAUCUCCAGCCAGGCUGUUACUACGCAAUGAAUGUACUGGCCUACAAUGAUCUUGGAGAUGGUCCCCGCUCGGAUAUCACUUACAGUCACACCUUGAAUGAGGUAAAUCAAGCAACAAUCCCUCUGAAGGAUGCCAACCCCAUUAAUUCCCCACCAACUAAUGUGAAAGCUCACCCAAUUGACAGCAGAAGAAUCCGUCUGAAUUGGACCCCUCCGCCAGGCCGACCAUCAGAAUAUAAGGUGACCUACUGGAUUGAAGGGGAUGAGAAUUCUUCUCGGAUCAUAAAAACGACUACUCCCUCUGCUGAUCUGACCAAUCUCUACCCAUUUUGUGACUAUGAGAUGAAUGUUUGUGCCCACAGCUCGCUAGGUUUUGGGCCCCACUCGGAGGUUGUUCACUGUCGCACACUGGAAGACUUACCAAAUGAGCCAGGACGAUUGGCAUUCAAUGUCAUUUCACCAACUGUGACCCAACUGAGCUGGGCCGAACCUUCAGAAACCAAUGGGGAAAUCACAGAGUAUGAAGUCACUUACACUGUGGUGACUGAUGAGAAUAAGCCCAUUGGACCUACAAAGACGGUGAAGAUCGAUAAGCCAAAGAAGCGGAUGGUAAUGAUCGAGAAUUUGAAAGCAGAGCAGCCAUAUCGGUACACAGUGCGAGCCAAGAAUGGUGCUGGUUGGGGACCUGUCCGAGAAGCCACAAUGAACCUCUCCACGCAGCCAAAAAGGCCAAUGUCCAUUCCCAUCAUUCCAGAUGUUCCGAUCAUUGAUGCCGAAGCACACGAUGAGUACGAGAACUUCCUCAUGUACAGCUCAGAUGUAAUGCGAUCACCCAGGCCGAGCACUUCUGAUGACUUAGAUAUGCCGAUCAACGGGAAAUGGGAGAUGAACUCUCUUUUCCCUGGCAGUGCCAACAGCACCCUCAAUAGGAGCACCACCACCACGUACAACCAGCAAUAUACCAGGUUGAUGGAAGACUCUUUCAUGUCCUCAGAGACUCACACUAACAUGAUGUUGGGACAGGAAUCACGAAUGUAUGGAAAGAAAGGGGUUAACUACAUGAACACACAGCAGAUGAUUGGAGGGAGGAGACGCACUGAAUCCGAGGAUAUAAAUGCUGCUCUUGAGAACCUGGAGAUGGUUCUACAUGAAAGCCGAUCUCCCGGGAUCCCAGACACUCCGACUCGCCUCGUGUUCUCUGCCCUCGGAGCAACCUCAUUGAAAGUCAGCUGGCAGAAACCUCAAUGUGACCGGAAGGUCAUGGGUUAUCGGGUCACAUACCAGCCUCUUCUGGGAGGUGAGACGAAAAUAAUUGACAUCUCAGACCCCGACGAGAACUCCAUGAUCAUCAAUGAUCUUAUACCCAACUGCUCCUACAUGUUCAAGGUCAAAGCUAUGAGUGAGAAGGGCUGGGGUCCAGACCGAGAAGGCGUCAUCACCAUUGAAUCAAACGUGGACCCACUAAGCCCUCUGAGCCCAGUUCCAGGCUCUCCUUUCACACUGAGUACACCAAGUGCUCCAGGGCCCCUGGUCUUUACAGCCAUUAACUCUGAACUGCUCAAACUAAGCUGGGAGAAACCUCGCAAACCAAAUGGAGACAUCAUGGGCUACCUUGUGACUUGUGAACCACUGGAUGGACAAGGUGAAAUCAAGACUUAUCAAGUGGAGGGUGACGAUGCAGAAAUGACACUGAUGGUACCUCACCUCAGUGAAAAUGUUCCAUAUAAGUUCAAAGUUCAAGCAAAGACAACCCAAGGUUAUGGCCCAGAGCGUGAAGGCAUCAUCACCAUUGAGUCACAAGAUGGAGCAAACUUCACUGACUACAAUAAACAGAUGGUAAUGAGGCAUGAGGGAUACACGGUACCUGGGAAUAUGAGCACGCAGACCAGACUACUGCAGUCCACCAUCGACCCCAUGUUCUCAGAGGGAAUGACCGUUACAACACAACGAAUGGAAGGUGCAACAUCAAUCACUCAACAGAUCACUCGAACAAUGAUGACGAGUGGCACAGUCACCAAACAGAUGGAAAGGAAGUUCUACGAGGCUUGAUCCAUGGACUAGCUUCUGCAAAGUCCUGCUCUUUGUACAGACAGCUGCAGAUUCUUUACAUUGAACUAUACCAAUGAGUAAUCUCUGAUGCGCUGAUCUCUAAGCUUGUCAGCACCCAUGUUAAAAGAGACCUGCUGGAUAGUUAUGAUGGAUGCUUGCUCCCAUUUGUUCAUUAGGCUUGGUCACUUGGCAUUGUUACAUAUUGCUGUAACGUUUUCUAGUUUGUUGGUGGUGAGCUUCGAUCAUGAAAGACUCUGCAUUCACCAUAUCCUGAAAUCUGUCCAAAUUUCCAACUGCCUCUAAAUUUUACUUUCCUUUCAAUCCAAUUACCUUGAAUCCAGGCCUCCAAUGAAGCAGACAAGGACACAGAAGAUUCUUAUGUGCUUUCUUCACUCUUUCUGCAUUGCUUGGUGCUUGUUAUCACCAACAGAAACCUCCACUUGGGGUCACAUUAUUUCCAUACAUACAUUGUAUUUAUUUUUACAUUCAGAUAUAAGCAACUACUCCAUAUAGAAUGUAUAAAUAACUUUCAAAGUGUAUUUGAUUCAAGUUGCGAAAAAUAAUUUUGCUCUGUGGGUCUGAGAGCAAUUAUCUGGAAUCUACAUACUUUACAGUAACAUUGAUCAACAGGUGUAAUUUCUUGUGUUCUCUGGGUUUCGCUCAGUCUUUCUUAUUUAAUUGUCACCCUUUUUUAGAUUAGAUUCCCUACAGUGUGGAAACAGGCCCUUUCGCCCAACAAGUCCACACCAGCCUUUACAGCAUCCCACCCAGACCCAUCCCCCUAUAACCCACACACCCCUGAACACCACAGGCAAUUUAGCAUGGCUGAUCCACCUAGCCUGCACAUCUUUGGACUGUGGGAGGAAACCGGAGCACCCGGAGGAACCCACACAGACACGGGGAGAAUGUGCAAACUCGACACAGACAGUUACCUAAGGCUGGAAUCGAACCCGGGUCCCUGGCGCUGUGAGGCUGCAGUGUUAACCACUGAGCCCUUUCCACAUCCCCAUCACCACCUCAACCUGCUCUGCAUUGUUGCCCUGCUAUUUUCAUUUUAAUGACUUAAUCCUGUCAAGCAUUGUUGACUCUCACAUUUCAGAUGCUGAAUUCCCACUAGUAUAAAAGACCCCAUAACUCACAAUUAUUAAUCAGGAUGAUGACUGAACUUGUCCCAUUUGGCAGAGACAUCUCAUUACCGUGGGGAUGUUUGUCCAAUGCAGUUGGAUUCACUGAGAGCUAGUAGAUGUUGGAUUUAAGAAAUGUACAGAGAUAAACAAAAAUUUGGAGCACAAGUAGGCCCUUUGGCCCUUCAAGCCUACUCUAUCAUUCAUUAUGAUCUUGGAUCAUCCAUCUCAAUAGCCAUUCCUGUUUUUCCUUUAAUUUUUUUGAUUCCCUUAUGUCUAAAUGUUAUAUUGAAUUCCUUCUCCAAACCAUAUGUUUCAGCCUCUGUGGUGGUGAAUUCCACAGGCAUGUAGGUAUUUACACAGAAUAUGCUGCAUACAUGGAGAUUCAGCUUCUUGACUCCAAAAGCCAGAUACCUCUUCUUAUUUAGGUAUCUCACCUGUCUACACAGGUGCUGAACUGCAACAUGUGUUUCUUUUAUCCUCCAUUUUGGAUAGAAACCUACCAAAUCUACUACACUGCCUCCCAACUGCUCAGCAAUUUUUUAUACUGUGCAACCAAAAUGCUAGUGUUUUCCUAAAAAGCUUACAUUUUAGAUACCAAGUAUGUAUUUCUAUUGUAAUUUUACUGGGUUGUAUUUUGGAAUUUCCAUACAAUACAGUAUGCUAAAUGCCAUAGAUUUGGUUUCCACAUUUCAGCUAAAGAUUUCUAUUGCCUGCUUUCAACAAGAUUAAUUUUGUGAAGGUUGCAUUGUACAGAGCCUAACCAAUCCAAGUAUAAUUCCCAGCCUAAUCUCAGGCAAGCAGCUAAACAUUGGGAAUUACAACCUACAGCGGGAACAAGCAGAAAUCAGCCAUGGAUCCUGUCACAGAUGGUUAUCCCUUGCACUCAGUGAGGUCAGGAUCAGGCAGAAGACUGCACAGUUGGGUCUAAGUACUGCUCGGUGCCAGCCACCACUGGUACACCAAGAGGUAGCAAAGUCAGAACAGACGUGACACAAUAUUCAAUAGGAAUUGAGGAGCAGCAAUAUCUGGAAUGGAAAUGGCCUCAGAUUGUUAUGCAUGUGGCUUACCUAGUGAAUCCCACUCUGUAAACACUGCUUCAGGUUUUUGUACUUGUAAUAAAAUGCUUCUUCUGCACUUAAAUCAUGUA